UGUACAAAGCAAUUACGCAUGCGCAGUUUAGUCAGAAUUCAGAAGCUGAAUUAUCAAAACAAGAAUUUCUUUUUCUUUUUGAUUUGGAAGACGUAAUUAUGUCUAUACGUGACUUAGAUACAUUGCCUGAGCAAUGAAAAAGACUGUUUAUACGGGUGUACAGCUGUCAUUCCAAGGAGAAAGCAAUGUUGAUGAUAAUUUGAGUUUCGGUUGUGAAACUGCUGUGACUGUUCGUGACAGAAUGCCAAACAUGAGAGGUAAUAAUGAGUCACUGUCGAUUUCUUCACUCAACACUAACGAUGAAAAUACCUUACAGCAGAAUGUCCAUAAUAAGAAGAAAGAGAAAAUAGGGCUUUUCAGAAAACUAAGGAGAAGAAUUCAGUCAAAUUUCAACAGAAAAUCAUUAGAUGAAGAGAAAUGUUCAGAGGAGGCUGAUUCUAAUCCAAGUUGUGGAAAAUCAAAGUCACCGAGUAAAAAACAGAAGCAGGCAGCAAAAUGUCGCAUUACUUUGUGUUCAAAGCCAUCAAAUUCAAAUUCAUCACAAAGCACUGAAAGUUUAGAUCUGAACCUUCAUUUACAUCGAAAACUUGACGAUAGUAUUUGGUCUAAUAAAGACAAAAAGGAUGGUGCUACUUCAAAAGAAAAGCCAAGCUGUAAAUCAAAAGAUAUUUCAGCUUUUCAGUCAUCACAAACGUGUCCAUGUAUGUUAAACCGUGCUCAGCCAAGCUGCAAAGAUUGUGGAAAAAUAAGUAAUAUGUCACCAAAAGUGACAACGAAUCGCUUCGAAAUUACUGCCAUGUGCCAUUCAAAUGGAAUAAACACUCUUUCAAGUAGUGCUGUACACAUUCAAGACUAUAAAAGUUCAAUACCAGAAGGUGCCAUAAUGAACGAAGUUCCAAAAACAUGGAGCCUAACCCAUGAAUUGUUCAGACUUUCCAAGUUUGGCUGGUACUGGGGGCCAAUUACUCGCAGAGAAGCUGAGCGUAAGCUCAACGGUCAGCCAGAUGGUGCUUUCUUGGUGCGUGAUAGCUCAGAUGAACGAUAUUUAUUAAGUCUUAGCUUCAGAUCCUAUGGAAAGACUCUACAUACAAGAAUUGAACAUUGUAACGGUAAAUUUAUCUUUGACGCUCAACCGGAUACUGAAGGUUAUCCUUCAAUUGUAGAUCUGAUAGAAAAUUCUAUGAAUGAUCCGCAGACUGGAAUAUGUAGUUACUCAAGAAGAGGUUCACCUAGCCCACCAAUAUAUCCGGUUAGACUAACUAAACCAGUGUCCAGGUUUACUCAAGUACGAUCUUUACAGUAUAUGUGCCGUUUUGUAAUCAGACAAUACACUAGAUAUGACCAUAUUCAGCAGCUUCCAUUGCCAAAGAAACUAAAGGGCUGGAUUGGAGAAAACCAGUACUAAUUUUCAGUUUCAAUGUGUGCUAUAUUUGUUAUUUUUUUUUCUCCCAUUAAUUUUGAUGAAUGUGUUUUUUGUUGUUUUUUUUUUCUUUUCAGUGUAAAGUUGUGUAAAACAUGGCAUAUAUUUUCAAGGUUGUACUUUUUUUUAGAAAUUGAAACAAAGAUGUUAAAAGCGCAAUACUCUAAGGCUUAGUAAAAGAACAUUUUUCUACAUUUGUGCUUUUUGUUUUCUCAAAAGAAAAUUCAUUGCAAAGUGAUACAGUGAGUUUAUAUAGUAUUUAUUAAAACUAAAUAGUUUGAAAUAUAUUUUCAGGAUCUGGACUAUGAUAUUCAUGCAGUAUUUAAUAUAGAAUAAAAGAAUUUUGAUGCUAAGUAUAGACUAUGAAAACUGAUGACACUUUCCUAUCCAUUUAAUCAACAGCAUAUAACUUUUGUGAGUUUUGCUCUUAAUAUUAAGUCUUAAAUUAAUUGGACUUGGUUUAUGAUUAAUUGAAAGUUGUGUCACAAACUUCUGUGUCUUUACAAAGUUUCAGACAAUGGUUAUUGUGUUAAGAUUUUGUUCAGUAAAACAUCUUUAUCUUUCUUUUUAGCUCAUCUGAUUUUUUGAAAAAAAAUGAUGAGUUAUUGUCAUCACUUGAGCGGUUGUCGGCGUCUGUGUCUGCGUCGGCGUUGCCUGGUUAAGUUUUAUGUUUAGGUCAGCUUUUCUCCUAAACUAUCAAAGCUAUUGCUUUGAAACUUGGAAUACUUGUUCACCAUCUUAAGCUGACCCUGUAUAGCAAGAAACAUAACUCCAUCUUGCUUUUUGCAAGAUUUAUGGCCCCUUUUGUACUUAGAAAAUAUCAGAUUUCUUGGUUAAGUUUUAUGUUUAGGUCAACUUUUCUCCUAAACUAUGAAAGCUUUUGCUUUGAAACUUGGAAUACUUGUUCACCAUCAUAAGCAGACCCUGUACAUCAAGAAACAUAACUCCAUCUUGCUUUUUGCAAGAAUUAUUGCCCCUUUUGGACUUACAAAAUCAGUUUUCUUGGUUAAGUUUUAUGUUUAGGUCAGCUUUUAUCCUAAACUAUCAAAGCUAUUCCUUUAAAACUUGCAACACUUGUUCACCAUCAUAAGCUGACCCUGAACAGCAAGAAACAUAACUCCAUCCUGCUUUUUGCAAGAUUUAUGGCCCCUUUUGGACUUAGAAAAUAUCAGAUUUCUUGGUUAAGUUUUAUGUUUAGGUCAACUUUUUCUCUUAAACUAUCAAAGCUAUUGCUUUAAAACUUGUAACUCUUGUUCACCAUCAUAAGCUGACCCUGAACAGCAAGCAACAUAACUCCAUCCUGCUUUUUGCAAUAAUUAUUGCCCCUUUUAGACUUAGAAAAAUCAUUUUCUUGGUUGAAUAUUAUGUUUAAGUCAACUUUUCUCAUAAACUAUCAAAGCUAUUGCUUUAAAACUUGCAACAGUUUUUCACCAUCAUAAGUGGACACUGUACAUCAAGAAACAUAACUCUAUCCUGCUUUUUGCAGGAGUGAUGGCCCUUUUUAGACUUAGAAAAUCAUGGGUAGAACAAUAUUUCUAUUAUACAAAAAAAAUCAGAUGAGCGUCAGCACCCGCAAGGCGAUGCUCUUGUUUAAGUUUUAAAUUACUGAAGGAAGUAGUGUAAAUAAGUCAUGGCCUGAAUAUUCUUGUAAAUGCAAUGUCUGGAUGUUAAAUAUGGUCAAAUAAAAUAUUUGCUACAUACUGUACAUGUUUAAAUCGGGGUUAAAUUUUAUCUUUCCUAGUGGCCAAAAGGACCACCAACUUUUAAAUUCUAGUGGUCCCCACGUAAUUCAUAGGGUGUCCCACUGUCAACAAAAAUUUAAUUACAAAGAAACAGAGGCUGGUUUUUUUUUCUUAAAAAAAUGAAAUUUUCACAGAUGUGUUCAGUGGCAUAAUUAUCUUUUAUAAUGGUUUUCAGUAUUAAAGUUAAUAACAGUCGUCAAGUGUAUUGACCAUCUUCUUUGCAAGUUCGUUACAUAUAUUAUGCGAUACCUAAGUUCAGAGUUGUUUGAAAAGGGACACUUGUCGUGAAUUUAUGAUUGUAGCAUAUUUGUGAUCAAAGAUCAGCAGUACAUCUGUGUAUUUUUUCAGAAAAAGUACAUUCUGUUUUUAUUUUCUAAUAAUUCUUGUUCGAAAUGCUCAGCAGAAAACUGAUUGAUAGCUUUCGAAUUUUGAGUGGUCCUGCGGACCUGCCAGAUUCCAGGAUUCAGUGGUCAGACUGAAAAGAUACUGUCCCUUGGUCAGCAGACCAUCAUUAGUGUUGAUCCCUGGUUUAAAUACAAGGCUUGAACAAAAUGUAUUUUUCAUCUGAAUAAUGACGGAAUUUCUGUCUAUGGAAGAAUCUCUGAAUUUGCAGAAUAUAACAUGACUUUUCUCGGCCAGUUAUAUAUGAGUUAAUGAAAACAAAAUUUAUGCAAGAGGGAAUAAAUAUGUAAAGGCUGAUGGUUUCAGAAUAUUAUUGCUCUUUGUAAUAAAUCAGACUUUUGAAGACAAGUCUUAAAAUAUGUAGCCUUUGAUUAGUUGUAUCCGGUGAUGACCAGCUAGUGAAUGGCAAUUUUCAUAAUGAAGAUUGACAUUGGAAUGAACCAAUCAGGUCCAUGGUUAUAGAGCAUUUAUAAAACAACAUUGUCAUUGGUCCUUUUAAAUUUGUGCUCUAACAAAAUUAAGCAAUCAGAUACUUGGGACUGGGUCCGAACUAGAGUUUAUUCUUUGACCCAGGUCCGAUGUAAAUUUUGUCAGACUAAGAUUGUUCUAAGUCUGGUAUUUUAUGACUUGUUCUAGUUUGACCAUUUAAAAAUGCAAUGUUUUAGGUGUCUCAGAGGGUUAUGUAAAUUUUAUUUUAGUAUUUUCAAAAUAAUGUUUUAAUUGCAAAAAAAGGAAGAUUUAUAUGUAGAUUAGCUUAUGAAACAAAGAGAAUAAAAAGAUGGCAAUUUCUAUAUUAGUUUUAUACAAAGAUUCAGGGAAAUACUAUAUAAUAAUAAUCCACAGAAUAUAAUGGGAUUAGAGAUGGGUUUUUUCUUCUUCACAUGGUGGCUGGCAUUGUCUAAGAAUACUUGGAAGUUCAGGGCAUUGGAAAAUUCACACAGGUGGAGUAAAUACAUGUUAGGUAGUUCUGCAUAUUUGGAUCAAAAUUUUAUUCUACAAUGUAGAAUUUGAUUUUCUAAAACUUCAGAAUAUGUCUAGAAAAAUCAGCAGAUAAAAAUGCUUGAGCUUUUGCUAGACUAAUUUGAAAAAUUUGGAAUUUUUAUAUGAAUGUGAGUCUACUUUGAUGAUAUUUAGCAAGCAGAACUUUUUCUAUCAUGUAGAUUUUAACAUAACAUAUUGUCUGUUAUAUGAUCAAAUGAAAUGUAAGGUCUUUGUGCUUAUUUUUGAGAUAUUUACCCACGAUUCAGCAUGUUUAAGGAGUCAGCAAAUUUCAAGUGGAAUUGAAGGCAUUAUUUGGAAUUAUUUCAUGUGUCCACAUUUUUGUUCUCAUUUUCUUUCAUUGCAAAGAAAGUAAUGACAUUUUUAACUCACCUGAAACAAAGGCGUCUUAAGUUCAUCGUAAACAUCUUCUCCUCUGAAACAACUGGUUAGAAUUACUCCAAAUUCGGUAUGUAGCAUCGUUGCUAAUUUCUCUUGUCAAGUUUGUUCAAACGUUGCUGCUUUACCCCUUGAGUUUAGGUAGAAAAAUGUGCAGAACUAUCUUAACAUAGUGAAAAGAAAAUUGGUUUGAAAAUACCAUUCAGAGUAUUUGCUUUGGUUUGUUCAUUUUUUUCUUCUGAAAAUAUUUUGGAUGUAAAAUAUCAGGGAACCUACUGUAGAUAUAAUCAGGGAUCAGUCUUAAUCAGGACCUGUAUUACAACAGUUUCUUGUCCCUGUUUUCACAUUCUGAAUUUAUCAAAUUGUGCAUUAGUUAUAAGUUUAAAGUUAGAUUAUGCACAAAUUUCAUAAUUGAAAAAACAAAAAGAAAUCAGUCACUAUACAGUAUCGAUGUAACAUGAAAUGAACAGGUUUUAUGUAUGAACAGUAUUGUGUAUUGUGUUAAAUAUAGUUCACACUUGAUAAAAUGUAUAGCCAGAUACAGUAUGAAUUUGUUGUGAAAAAAAUAAAUGGAAGUUCUUUUAACAGAACUGUUCCUAUACAAUGUUUUAUUGUGACUGCAGCUUUACAUACAGAGUUAUUUUUUAUAUCUCGCCAAGUAAAAUACAGUGAAACCCGUUUUAAGAGACCAGUUAAGGGAGAGCAAAAGUGUGGUCUUGUAAGACAGGACUCGUGGUCUUUUAAUACAGGUUCAAUCUAUAUGAAAUGCACUACAGAGGGAACUAAAAUUAAUGGUUUAUAACACAGGUUUUUGGCUUAAUACAGGUGGUCUCUUAAGCAGGUUUGACUGUACAGUUGAUGAGGAUUUGCAACAUUUAAAGUUAAUGUUGUAUAUGAUAAAACAUAUGAGCUGUGCCAUGAGAAAACCAACUUAGUGGCUUUGCGACCGGCAUGGAUCCAUGCCGUUCGCUAACAGUUUCUCUAAUUGCAAUAGACUUUGAAAACGAACAGCAUGGAUCCUGACCAGACUGCGCGGAUGCGCAGGCUGGUCUGGAUCCAUGCUGGUUGCAAAGCCACUAUGUUGGUUUUCUCAUGGCACGGCUCAUAUAAUUGAAAGAUAUUCAUAGUAUAUAUAUUCAAAGUAAGAAAGCACAAUGGCUACUGAUUAUGUUAGAUUUUCUGAUUCUUCAGUGAUGCAUUUUGCAAUGUUAAGGCCUAGGAUAAGCAAAUAAUGUGUUGUGAUUUUUUUCUUAGGAAAAAUUUCUUACGGUUGUAUGUCUUGAUUGUGAAAGUUUAUUACCAAAAUUUUUGUUUGUGUGAUUGUCGUAUUACCAGUUUGGUGUAAUAUGAGUGUAGUUUGAAAGUUGUUUUAGUUUACACAAAUAUUUUUUUCAGUGGACGAAAAUAGGAAAUGCAAUAAAUAGUUUGUACUAGAAAUUCCGCAGUAGCACUGUGAUUCCAGCAGGUAUGCAAAUUUUGAUUCCAUACCUCAUGUUUUUAUUUCAAUGUAAAUGAAAUGUGGAACCAAAAUUUGUAGUCCUGUUUGGCGCCAUAUAACCUAUACUGUGUUGGUGCGCCGUAAAACCCAAAUAAAUAAAUUACCCCCUUGGUACUUUUGAAGAAAACAGUUUUUCUCAUGGUAUGAGACAGAAGUAUUCUGAAUAAAGUACUGUUUAGACUUAGAGAUAACUUAUUCACAUUGAUUGUGUCAAACUGAUCAUGGUCUACUUUCUGUAACAGUUUGCAGGAUUUUUAUGGAAAUAACUAAAUGGAACAGUCAGAAAGUAAAUCUUCUACUCCCUUUAAGUCUUUGACAAUGGAAUCAGACCAUUGGUUUAAGAUAUGUCCAAAAGCUCAUAAGAACCUCGUUUUUGGACGAAUCUUUAGUCUUUAGGUGUGAUUUCCUUAUCCACAACUUGUUGAGUGAGAUUCACUUUAUCCUGUAGUGACAAGAAUUUUAGUGUGCACUACAUCAACGUAACAAAGCAGAAAGCAACGUCUCGUUUUUAGCUCAACUGAAGAAUAAGCAGAGCUAUCCUACUCACCAAGGUGUCGGCGUCACACCUUGGUUAAGUUUUUCAUUCCAGUCCACAUUUUGACAAAACCUUUUGAGAUAAAGCUUUGAAACUUUCAACUGCUCCAUCAAGGAUUUUGGCUGAAUUAUGGCCCCUUUUAACUUACAAAUCUUUGUUAAGUUAUUUGUACCAGUUCAUGUUUUGUAUAAACUGUUUGACAUAUGGGUUUGAAACUUUUAUCACUUAUUUAUUAUAACAGUCUCUAUCUGUAGGCAAGAGUACAUAACUCUGUCAUUUAUUUUGGCUGAAUUAUGGUCCUUGGGUUGGAAAUUGGUUCAAUUUUCAUACAAGUCCACGUUUUGUCAAAACUAUUUGACAUGUGGCUUUGAAACUUUGAACACUUGCUUAUCAUCAUGAUUUCAAUCUGUAGGCAAGAGUACAUAACUCUGUCAACUAUUUUUUUUUACUUUAAGGUAAUUUUUAGCUCUACUAUUCAAAGAAUAGGUAGAACUGUUGGACUUACCCUUGUGUCGGCUUUUAUUUUACAAAAUUAUUCCCCUUCGACUUUUAUUCAUUCAAUUGACAAGAUUGUUGAAUAGCCGAGCGUUGGUGUCCUAAGACAGCUCUUGUUUUGAAAACCAUUCUUUUGAGUAUUUUGCGCAUGGUUGAUAUUCAGUGCAAUUCUGUAUCACUAGUGGAAGGCAAAAAGUGUUGGCAUGAAAAGUGACAUUUUCACAUAAAAUAAACUGCAAUAAAUAUAGGUGCAAAAUUUAAACCAUGCCAAAAUAUCCAAAAGUACAUGGUGUAUAAAUGUAUUGAAAGUUGAUAAUGGUCUAAAUGUGUACAAUACAAUAUGUUCUUUCAUUUAAAUGUUACCAAAUACAUUAUCAUUGAAACUUUUUACUGUACAAAUUCUUACCGAGACUUUUAAGAUCUGAUCUAUUAAUGCAUAUAAAUGUAUUAAACAUGCAGUGCUAUUUAUUAUGUAUGUGACUUUAUUUAUGAUAUAAACAGUUAUGACUUUGAUUUUAGUGUCAAUCGUAUAUUUUUUAUUGUUGAUGUUAUAUUAGGGAGAAUGAAAGCAGGUUUUAAAAAAAAUAUGUUCUUGAGAAACUGAUCUUGUUUCAAUAAAUUUUAUGAUUGAAAU